GCUACCUCUUGUAUGAACACAAAUAUGGUCAAACAAAUAGCGCUCGGCCUCGGCUCCGUCCACGCCCGGGGUCGUGAUUGAGGCUGUGCAUCGACGUUUUCCUUAUAACACCUACAACAAGCAACGUACUUUCCUUGUCUUUAGAUUCCAGGCUUGUGUUUGUGGUUUUUUGUGUUGCUCUAACUGCUCGUACGAAACAGUCUCACCAGACUAGCUCUUUCAAACAUGGCCGCCACGGAGAACACGCCUCUACACGACGAUGCCGCCAUCCAGGACGGCAACAUCAGCGAGACAACUCCGAAGCCGUCAGUUGACAUCGAUAUAUUUAUGGACUAUUUCGAAGGCCAGUGCAAUGCUCUGGUCGCCUUCUCUGCUAUGCUUAUAUGCCCGGCCCUUGUCAUCAAGACCUCGCCAGAAAUCUCGCUCUCUUGGCCCCUUAGAACCGUGGGGUUGCUUGUCUGCGAUCUCAAUGGCCUGUGUCUAGUGAUUUCCUUCUUUCUCCGGGUGAGCGCCUGGGUCGCAAAGCGUGGAGGGCACACAGAGCAGUUUGCCAAGGAUAUCACCAACCUGCGCAGGGGGCCCGCCCGAAGCCACGCUGCUGUCGUCGUCAGGGCUCCCGGCUGGCUCAUGACCGCGACCCUAGCCACCUUCCUCGUGGAAAUGAUCGGCUACUUUUACCUUUGGAACCCACCAGCCACUGCUAGCCCCAAGGCUCCGAUGCACGCUGGCGAGGAUAUGCUGUACCAGGUCUUGCUGAUCACGUUCAGCUUGUUCGCAACCCAGAGCAUUAUCAUUGCGAGCAAACUCGGGAAGCCCCCUGCCCCAGCCCCAAACCCUGAGGUCGCCGACGUGCAGGAGAAGGUGUGAACGGCAAGGCGAUGUAUCCCCCGGCGCGCUCAGGGAUGCGUUGAAGUCUGGACACAUGCCUGUCGCAUUCAUGGUGGACGCCCACCGUUCAGGGACAUUCUCUAGUUGAAACCAUUCCUAUCUCACGCACAAAUGUAGCUUCCCUUCAUCCAUGCUAGGACUUUCGGUCUCGCGACGCGUCACUUUACGUAGCACCAAUAUUAGCCUCUUCUUCCCGUUUAACAAGCUUCGACCAUUAUACAAACGCAGAUGUAAGGUACAGAAUAUGUCUUACAUAAGUACGAA